CUCGCGUGAUUUGUCAAACGCGUUCGUAACAAGUUCUGGACUUCCUGCUGUACCGUAUGUUAAGCUCAUCACUUGUUGACCAGAAAAACUAUGCCUCAGUUAAGUGGUUCAGUCCAGACGGUGCUGGGCCUGAUUGAGCCCCAGCAGCUUGGCCGUACCAUGACUCACGAGCAUCUGACCAUGACCUUUGAGUGCUGCUACUUCCCACCAGCCCCUCAUGAAGAGAGCAUGGCAGAGGCACCCAUCGAGAUGAAGAACCUUUUCUGGCUGAAGCAAAACCCCUACAGCAGUCAUGAGAACCUGCUGCUAAACCAGGAGAUAGAUGCUGUGAAGGAGGAACUGCUAGUAUACAAACAGGCAGGUGGUGGAGCCAUUGUGGAGAACACCACAAUGGGAAUCAGCAGAAAUGUAGCCACUCUCAAGAGGCUGGCCCAAGAGACAGGUGUCCACAUCAUUGCUGGGGCUGGCUUCUAUGUGGACAUCACGCACUCUGAGGAGACACGCAAAAUGACUGUUGAGAAGCUUUCAGACGUCAUCAUCAGCGAAGUCCUCCAUGGGGCAGAUGGCACCGACAUCCGCUGCGGUGUAAUCGGGGAAAUCGGGACUUCAUGGCCCAUUACCGACAGCGAAAAGAGGGUCCUGCAGGCCACAGCCCAUGCCCAGGCUCAGCUAGGCUGUCCUGUCAUAAUCCACCCAGGACGCAACUCUGCUGCGCCCGGGGCAGUGGUACGCAUCCUGCAGGAAGCUGGAGGGGAUAUUGGCAAAACAGUGAUGUCCCACCUGGACAGGACCAUACUUGACCAUGGGGAGCUACUGGAAUUUGCCAAGAUGGGGAGUUAUCUGGAAUAUGAUUUGUUUGGUACCGAGAUGCUGAAUUACCCAUUCAACCUCAAGGUGGACAUGCCCAGUGACAAUCAGCGAGUCAAGACUCUGACUUGCCUUGUGGCAGAGGGCUACGAGGACAAAAUUGUUAUCGCCCAUGACAUCCACACCAAGAACCGACUGACGAAGUACGGUGGCCACGGUUACUCCUACAUCCUCAACAGCAUCGUGCCCAAGAUGCUGUUGAGAGGCAUCACCCAAAGCCAGGUGAACAAGAUCCUCAUUGACAACCCCAGGGAAUGGCUCACGUUCAAAUGAGUUGCUCCUCAUUUCGGUUUUAACAGAGCUAUUGAUGACUAAUUUCAUUUUAAAUUAAAUACGGGUCUGUGAAAUCACUGGCUGAUUGUUUAUGUGAAUCUUGUGGAGAGUUAAAUCCAACUAAUACAUUUUGAAAAACGGUAUUACUGACCUGUGAUCUUGUGCAUAAUGUUGCAUUUAAAUUUGCAAAAAUGUUAGUUUUAAUGAACUGAUGGCUAAUAAAUGAAACUCUUUUUGUGAUUUCUACUUUUAUAAGCACACCUGAAUCACAACUUGAAUUUGAGCCUCAUAAGUAGGCAGCUGUAAAAUGAAUAAAGUCUUUCAUAGACA